AUGUUGAUCGACAAGCCCCAAGAUGUCCGGACAUCAUAUACCAUCAAAGCUGUCAGGCAUCCCUCCGCGGAAGACUUGAUCUACAUGGCCAAUGCUGGCCUGGUGGGUAAUGUUUUCAAAUCCAACGUCUGGAUCCCCAAUGACGCCAUGCACAGAGAUGCCAUAGGGAGAGUGCCAGGGUACGUGAUGAGCCUGGCUUAUUUCUUUGCGCUUGGUGCCAUCCACUGCGUAGCAUGGAACUUUGAGUUCCCUACAGCCGUAGAGAGAUUACUGUGGCGUCUGAGCUCGGUUGUAACGGCUGUUGCCUUGCCAUUUGCCUAUCUGAUCUCGGAUCCAACUUGGUAG